UUUUCCAGCCUUUUUGAUUGUCUGCUCCGCCCUGAUCAGUUUCACCUGUCCCUCAUUAGUCCUGUACUCACCUCACCUCCUGCGCACCUGUUCUCACUUCCCCAGUUAGUCCGUCACUACUAAUACCACCUCAGUUCCUUUCUUUGUCGGUUUGUCUUUGUUCGUUGUGAGAAGUUUUGUUUUCCUGUAUCUGUCAGCUGUACUUACUGCUCUAUUAAUAUAUCUUUGUUAAAUCUGCCUGUCUCCGAAUCUGCAUUUGGGUCCUUCCUGUCUGUUCGGCCCCCUGCACCGUAACAUUAACCGCUGAAAAACCAAGGACUUCCUCAAAGGUUUCACAAGAGCGAGAUAAAUGAUAAAUGGAACAACACAGCACAUUCAGGCUCAGACUCACAUUCAGACACGCUGCACACCAUUAACUGUCAAACAUCAGACAGAUAGGAGGCACAAUGGAUGUGGGAGAAGUGAUCUACACGUUGUUGGAGGUGCUCAUCGCUGUCAACUGCUGUGUCGGUAACAUGUUGGUUAUUUUGGCGCUGUGGACCAGUAAAAGCAUUCAGCAGCCCACCUUCUGCCUCAUUGUCUGUCUGGCUGUAGCUGACUUCAUGGUCGGCUGCGUGGCCAUACCGCUGGCUGUGGUGGUGGACGGACGAGUGAAGACUUCAUUCCACGGCUGUCUCUUCAUCAGCUGCGUGCUCAUCCUGUUGACCCUCGUCUCAAUUUUGUCUCUCGCCGCUAUCGCAGCGGACCGCUUCCUCCGGGUGUUUAUCCCUCUCAGGUACAAAAGGACUGUAACACAGAGACAUUCUUGGCUUGUGGUAGCAGCAUGUUGGCUUGUUGCGAUACCACUGAGUUUUGCUCCCAUGCUUGGAUGGUACAACCAUGACACCUUGUCCAAUUCAGUCAACUCUACUAUUACCUGCCAGUUUAUAGCCGUGAUCCCAAUGUCAUACCUGGUUUACUUCAGUUUCUUCCUCUGCAACCUCGCACCUUUGUUGGUGAUGACCGUAUUGUACGGCUACAUUUUCUGCACCAUCCGAGGAAACCUUCGAGAGAAACCGGGCAACGGGGCCCAAAAUCAGUCUCAGAACUACCUGAAGAAAGAGAAACAGCUGGCGGGAUCUCUGUCUCUGGUCUUGGCUCUGUUUGCCCUGUCCUGGAUCCCUCUCCACAUUAUGAACUGCAUUGUUUACUUUGGUGGGCCGAAUAAUGUACCAGACAUAGCUUUCUAUGUUGGCAUCCUGCUUUCUCACGCUAACUCGGCUGUAAACCCAGUUGUGUACGCGUUCAAAAUACCAAAGAUCAAGAUGGCGUACCUGAAGCUCUGGAGACAGUGUUUUACAUGUGGAGAACAAAAUCAAGGAUCUCAGACAAGCCAGACGACGGACAAUAAUCUCAGCAGUAACAUGAACAGUGUGCCCAAAAAUGAGUGAAGGAAGACUUCCCUGUUUGUUUGCUCCUCUGUUCUUGUAUGAUUACAACGAUUGAUACAACUUUUUCUUUGACUCAUCAGUACGCAUUUUAUUUCUCUGUCUCAUGUUUUUAUUUUAGAAAUUCAGUUGAAGUUUAUUAUAUUAUCAGAUACACUGUAUUUUAUAUAGGUUUGUGGUUAGUUGAGCCUGUUGUUUUUUUCAUUUUUAAAAUCUCUAUACAGCUUUAUAUAGUUUUAUUUUAUACUGUACAUAUAUUUUGUGUUUUAUAUUUUGUCUGCUACGUGUACAGUUUCUACUAUUGUCUGUACUAUCUCUGUAUUGGAUACACAAGAUGAUCAUCAAAACAAGUGUACUACCUUAAAAAAUGUGAUAUUAGAGAAGUAGUUUCAAGCCUACCAGGAAGUGAAAAUUUCUGUAACAUAUAUAUCUGAGAGACAAAAAUACUUUGUAACUUGAACUUCCGCUCCUAGACUUGUACAGGUGUUGUUAUAGUCAGCAUCAUUUAUCAUUUCCCACUCUUAAACCACACUCCUAAAUGUGCCACAGAGAUGUAUUUACAUAUAUCUUCAUAUUAAAGGAUACAAAUAAGCUUUAAUAUACGUACAUGUUACUCUUCCAAUUAAAACAGUGAGGUCUGUGCAGAAUAGUUAAAACUGUAAGAUUAUUUUUCUGCAUGGCUAGAAUGAGGUAUGUGAGAAGCAUUUCCCUUCAUUGCGAGACCGACUUCACACCUCUGCACAGCUGCUAUUCAUGUCCUGACUAGCCACAAAUAUGGUAAGCCUACAAACACGCAUUGUAACAUUGUCAGCAGCUGCAGAACAAUAUCACACUUUACCUGAAGAAACACAUGGUCUUCUAAAAUGCUGUAAUGCAUUUCUUUAUCACUUUUCUGUUUGAAUGUCUACC